GAGAGACCAAGGUUUUUGACUGACGUUAUCUUUCGUGUCCCUUGUCUGCCGUGGACGGAGUCGCCUCUACUAUCGCGAGAGGAUCCCUGAGGACUUCUACUCUGCCGAUAAACUUGACUCUAUUCAUCAAUCACACUCGCAAAAUGCGUCUGACGAGAUCUCGCAAGUCUCGGAUAGACACCUCGCUGGCAAAAACCAGCCAAGAAGCACCCACACCCACGUCAGACCCAAGCGAUAGCACCGACGCCUCAUCACCCGUCAUCGUCGUGCUCCCCAAGUCCCAAGAAGAAUCUCCCACUCACGGUCCUGCGGAUUCCUCGCUCGCCAAGCAGCCCAUCGUCAACGGCAAUCCCAAGCUCCGGCGGCGUGCCCGCGGCAGCGGCGGAACAAAGUCUGACAAAGAUUCCUCCUCACUCAGCAGAGACCCCCUCUCCAAGAGACCACGUUCCAUCCCCGCCAAGAGACGAGUUCCUGGACUUUUGCAGCGCAUCAAGGAUCGCGCUGAUAUUGAGAUUUCUCGUGCAGAGGAUGCACAAGAGCGCGCUGAUUUGCAGAUUAAAUGGAAGAGAACCACGCCUACGCCUACGCCCAGUAUAGGCGGCGAAGCGCACGACAAGAUCAAAGACACGCAGACCUGGCCUGAUCAGGUGGCUCUCCAGAUAAGACCGAGGGAGGAUGCGGCGUACAACGGAGACGUGGUGUAUCAGCGGAAAUCACAUGGUCCGCUGCUCGGAAAGCUGGCAUCACAGGGUUCCGUCAUAACGAUUGACGGAGAAGACUACGUCGAGUAUCGGGUACUGGCGAAGCUGCGAGCUGUUUAAGUGAAAGAGGGAGUCGGGGUGUUUAUGUCUACGAUCGCUUUUGCCAGCAGCACUGCUUUUACAUGUGUUUUAGAGGCUAGCAAGAACAUAAUCUAGCCAAAAGAUUGAUUUCAUUGUUCUAA